AUGGCCAUACAUAGUACUCUGACCCCCGAGGCCCUACUGGAAGCGCCAAUAUACAGUCACCCUAUCCCAAAUGCGUCUGGGAAUCUCGCGGUUUACACACAGCGAAAAUAUUCUUUUCGCUCGCACAGCGAGAUUAGAGAGAUUCGCGUAUGGGAUAUGAACUCACCGCGAUCCUGGGCUGUCACCGAUAACCCUCGUGCAAAUUAUCCCGGAUGGCUCGGCCACAGCGAACAGCUCAUCUGGCUGGAAGCCAUGGAUAAUGGGAACACUCGUUUUGUUGUUAGGGAUAGUCGUCUUCGAAGUGCCCACUACGUUGUGGGAACUGUUCCUGGCCCAGUCAAGAACCUCAAAGUGACAUCUGUUGCAUUUAGUGAGGACUGUGACGAUGAUCUGUCUUUCGCAGUUGUUGGCCAAGCCAAUACAGAUGGGACACUUUUCAAUCCUGAUGAUAACAUUAGUACACAUACUCCCCACCAUCCACAAACUACACUCCCUGGGCGGGGUGCUCAUCGCCCCAAGAGCGUCAUUUGGUUCGGAGGACUGGUGCGCCCAUCACAGGCUACGGAGGGUCAAUAUACGAUGACACCUAUGACGAACUUAAUGGAAUACUUCAAGUUCGGGGAGCUCGAAUCAGAUGGAUCGUUCGACGACGAUUCUCUGGACUUUUUCAAAGAUACUUGGCAUAUUUUGUUUGUCGCCAAAGACCCCGAGUCCGAUCAAUCCACACAUACAGCCUCAUCAUGCUACCUGUGUCCCAUGAUGGCUUGGACUGGAUUCCCUCCACCAGAUGAAUGCUACCAUGCUUGGCGAUUCCGUGGGUUGGGAGGUACCAUCUCCUCUCCCACUGUAAAUGCGGGCGGAACGGUGGCUCUCUUGUGCAAGAAGGAGGAUGGAUAUGCCGCUGACAAGAAUCGAAUUGUUGAGCAAGAGGGACGUCAAGUUCUCUACCAGCUCAACUUGGCGUCUUGGCCGAACCCGCCGACUCCAGCCGACUUGGAGUUAUUUGACGGUCUCAUGCGGUUUGGUUCGGUCAUGGAUGUGACACCCCUACCUGAAAAAUCAAAACGGGUUCUAGUGUCCUGCGACAGCUCUGAUAGCAGCAGACGCGUCAUCAUCCAAGAUUUACCGGCCCAAGUUUCUGGCACGUCGCCACCAUCACCCAUCAGAGGCGAGAGUUUUGGCCUUUCAGAAAGACAAGUUGAUCAAAUAUGGUUUCCGGGUGACGAACAGCGCCAGAUCCAUGCAUGGGUGGUGAAGCCAUCGUACUUUAAGCCGAAGCAGAUAUAUCCCCUGCUCUAUGUUAUCCAUGGUGGUCCGCAAGAUAGCUGGAGGCAAGGCUGGGAUAUGCGCUGUCAUCUCGCGCUUUUCGCCGAGCACGGGGGCUUUGAAUAUAUCCGCGAGACCCUCGAAUAUGUCGACACCGAGCGUGCCGUGGCACUCGGUCUCGGAUACGGAGGCUACAUGAUCAAUUGGAUACAAGGCAACGGCCUGGGGUGCAGGUUCAAAGCAUUGAUCGCCGAUAAUGGCACCUUCAACCUGCUCUCUCAUCUAUCUAACAGCACCCAGCAUUCGAUUUUGCAUGGGCUGGGUGGACCACCUUGGCUGAAUCCAGAGGCGUGGAGAAAAUGGGACCCUGCACAGCACGCCGGCAACUGGAAGACGCCACUUUUACUCAUUCACGGGGAACUGAAUCGUCAGAGUCCUGUCUCUGACACGCUGGCUGCAUUUAACACUCUAAAGUUGCAAUCAGCGGAGACUGCUCUGCUCAUAUUUCCAGAUGAGGGUUCUCGGAUCCGGAGCACCGAGAAUUUGCUAUUAUGGUAUCGCACUGUGCUUGAAUGGUUGGAGCAUGAGCAACCGCAGAACAAGCGCAUCGGCAUGUUCAGCUAUGGCAGUGGUCUGGCUAGCACUCUAUUUAGUUUCCGUGUCAAGGGUGAUACUUCGCGGAUCGCGGAGCAGGUGCGAUUGAAUGAGCGCUUGGAAAGUCGCACGCCGGUCUCGCCGGAGUUCUACAACGAGAUGUGCGACCUCCGGGAGAAAGCCUAUCAGCAGAAGAACUAUACCCCUGUGGGAAGCGUCGACACCCUAACUCCCGGUAUAUACUACCUUGUCCACGUUGACGAUUCGCCCAGUUCAAUUUGA